AUGCGUGCCGUUCAAGUCAGCGAAUAUGUCAAGGGCCCCCUGGACCUAAAAGUAACGACAGUCCCAACACCAACCCCUUCACCAGACAAAUACCUCAUCGAAAUCCACUCAGCGGGAACAAACUUCUUCGACAUCCUCCAAAUCCAAGGCAAAUACCAACACCAACCCCCACUCCCUUGGAUCGGCGGCGCCGAGUUCGCCGGCACAAUCACCGCCCUACCCACAUCCUCCAAGUCCAACCGUUUCAAGCUCGGCGACCGUGUCUUCGGCGCCACACAGGGCGCCUAUGCAACCCAUGUCCUGGCCGCAGAGCAGACACUCCUCCCUGUGCCGGAGGGCUGGAGCUUCGAAGAUGCUGCUGGACUGUUCGUGACGGCUCCCACCUCGUACGGAGGUCUGGUGCAGCGUGCCGGUGUCAAGGCUGGGGAUUGGGUGCUUGUGCAUGCUGCGGCUGGAGGUGUGGGUCUGGCUGCUGUGCAGGUGGCCAAGGCAAUGGGGGCCACGGUUAUUGCGACUGCGGGGACGGAGCGGAAGAGGGAGAUUGCUAAGGCUUUCGGUGCGGAUUAUGUCGUGGAUUAUGGAGAUAAGGCGUGGCCGGAGAUUGUGAAGAAGAUCUGUAAGGAGAAGAGGUCGGGUAAUGGGGCCGCUGGUGUGGAUAUCGUUUAUGAUCCGGUUGGCAUGAUUGAUGCGAGUUUGAAGUGUGUUGCCUGGAAUGCGCGCUUGUUGGUGAUUGGAUUUGCCGCUGGCAGCAUUGAGAAGGUUGCGCUGAACCGGGUGCUGUUGAAGAAUGUGAGCAUUGUUGGUUUGCAUUGGGGACAGUAUGCCAGGUUUGAGACGGAGACUGUGGGUGAGGUUUGGCGGGGGAUCUUUGACCUUGUGAAGCAGGGCAAGUUUAAGGGUACGGCGUUUAAGGAUGAGACGUUUGUUGGGUUGGAGAGUGUGCCUCGCGCUUUGCAGGCGCUGGGUAGUCGGGAGACUUGGGGCAAGGUUGUUGUCAAUGUUGUGAAUGACGGGAAGAGCAAGCUGUAA